AUGCAGCAGUCGGCCUCGGAGUCGAUGGCGCUCUUCGAGAACGUUGACAUGGGCGAGCCCGCGCCGCCCAGCGCCGGACCUCAGCCGAACGAGGCCAGCCGCGGACAGGAGCGACACGUCAGCAAGGUCGAGCGGAAGAGGAGAGGUCACGGCAACCGCACCGCCACCCACGAGGACAGUGACGCCGACGUCGUGGACGGUGCAGGUGCUGCGACGAUUGGAAGCAACGUCAGCACCGGUAGACGCAGCAGUACCAGCAGCGGCGGCAGCACGUCGACGUCGGGGCCAAUCGAGACGGCGGCGAUCAACGUGUCGUGCCGACUUUGCCACGAAGAAGCCGGCGGUGGCCUGGACGAGCCGCUGUUCCGAUGCCCGUGCCGGUGCGCGGACGCGUUCGUGCACCGGUCGUGCCUGGAGGAACUGCUCUAUCUGCCAGGCCCCGAGGGCGGGCCCGCCGCGUGCUCCACGUGCGGCGCGCACUACCCGUUGCGGCGCCGUACUAAGCCGCUGUGGCGCUGGUUUUGGGAGGACGAGACGCGUGAGGACGCCACGCUGUUCUUGGCCAACCUCAUCUUCAGCGUGGGCAACGUCGGAGUGCUCACCAUGGCCUGGCUGUACGCGCUCUUCGAGUACCACCCAGAGUCGCGGCUGUCGCAGGCUUCGCUCGCCUCGGCCCUGUUCGUGCUCUCCGUCCUCUGGGUGGCCUUUGGGUGCGUCCGCUUCUGCGUGCUCUCCGUCUCGCUCGUCCAGUGGAGGCGAGCUAACACCACCCUGCAGGCGCUGUUCGCGGACAAAAGCGUCGCGCAGGCCUAA